CUCCGCCCCGUAGCAAUGGUCACCUUCAGCCCUAGACACAUUACGAGAGGCAUGACAAGCCUAGCUACUCACCCGAAGAAACCACGAAGCCUAGAGUCAGGAUAAGAACAACCCUCUGUCUGAAGUGGGGCCAUACCACGAAAACCAUGCCUCUCUUUCCGUCUAUCUACCUCGUAUCGUUUCGAUGGAUUCAUACUCACUGCUGGUGUCCCAUACUCGGAACAAGAAAGCAAAAGUAGCAACCAAAUCGAAGUCACCAACCACAAACCCAGAAGCCGCAUCGCUUACGCUACCGACCACAUACACCCCCUCUCCAUCAUCAUCAGGUGUGAGUUGAAGUUCUUUAAUAUUUCGUCAUGAGGAUUGGAUGGGAAAAGAUUGAGUUGGAAGUUCACGGGGCAUAUGGGAUCAAGAUUGAUGACAGAAAGGCGUAUGGAGAGUUGCUAGGGAAGCAUUUGAGGUACGAUCAUUUCUUGUUAUUUGAGUUCUUGACUUCCUCCUUCUACCUGAAAAAGAUAUGAGAUGUGAGUCUCGGUCCGUUUGCGCAC